AGCAGCAGUUAGUCAGCCAUUGGCUAGCGUGAGCCUGAGCAUCCUUCUAGAAAAAUACCACUGAAAGUGAAAGACUGCUUGCACACAUUUAACGCUAAAUCCGACACAGGAAAUCUCUUUGAAGACAAAGAGUAUAAAGAUGCCUUCAGCGAUGGUUGGCAACAAUGCUGUCCAGUCUGCCUCUCCAGACCUGGGAAAUGGAAGUAAUAAUGAAGCCAUGAAACAGAUUCUUGCUGUGAUUGACAAGAAGGUUCGCAAUAUGGAAAAGAAAAAGUCUAAACUGGAUGACGUUCAAGCAAGGAAGAGUAAGGGAGAACAACUGAAUCAGGAUCAGCUGGAGGCCUUGGCAAAGUACCAAGAGAUCGCCCACAACCUGGAAUUUGCUCGAGAGUUGCAGAAAAACUUCAUUGCACUGGGACAAGACAUUCAGAAGGCAGUGAAGAAGACAGCCAGGCGGGAGCAGCUGCAGCGGGAGGAGAUGGAACAGCAGCGGCUGAAGACCGUUCUGGAGCUUCAGUUCUUACUGGACCAGUUGGGGGAUGAGAGCGUCAGGCAGGACCUCAAACGGCCCGAUGCCAGCGGCUCCCCUUUGCUCUCGGACGCUGACCUCACAUCCCUCGAUGAGUUUUACAAACUGGUGGGACCUGAUAGGAACUAUGACAUCAGGUUGACUGAACAAUAUGAAGAGGCCUCAGUACACUUGUUUGAACUGCUUGAUGGCCGAGACAAGGCUGUGGCAGGGACCACAUACAAGUCACUGAAGGACACUCUGGACAAAGUGCUGCUGAGUGGUUAUUUCGACAGAGCACAACCUCAUCAGAAUGGGAGGUGCGAAGAGGAAGAGGAGCAAGAGGAGCAGACUGCGGUGGAUGACUCUAAUGCUGUGAAGCAGCCAUCCGAACCUGAAGUAGAAUUGGCUUCCGAAAAAUACACUGAGAUAAUUCCAGUGGAAACUACAGAGUUUGUCAACAGACAGUUCAUUCCAGAAACUACGUACAGUAGUACAGACGAUGACCAAGUGGAGAAGUGGGCGGAGGAGGCCCAGAUGGUGAAUUCCCUCCAGCACCAGCCCCCUGCCCAGCUGGCUGCAGAACCAACCGAUGCUGAGGACCAUGGCAGUCCCCCCCCAGCUGCUGACCCCGUGGUCAGGAAGCAGGUAGUGCAGGAUCUCAUGGCCCAACUGCAAGGAACGUACAACUUCAUGCAGGAGUCCAUUUUGGAGUUUGACGGCCAGGCACUGGACCCAGCCAUUGUGGCUGCGCAGCCGAUGAAGCCUGCGCAGACUGUUGACAUGCAGCAGAUGGGCUGCCCUCCUGCCCACUCAGAGUCCAGACUUCCUCAAACAAGUGCAGUGUCUGGACCGCAGGAAACCUCACAAGCCUCGAUCUGUGUGUCAUCUGAACAGUCCCCCUCCCCAUGUUCCCUGUCCUCUGCUUUCCCACCUGUCUCCAAACCCACCCACACUGGAGGCAUCAAUGUCAACGCCGCUCCCUUCCAGUCAGUGCAAGCGGUAUUUAAUCUGAAUGCACCCAUUCCUCCGGCUACUGAAGGCCAAGCAGAGCCUCUGAAGCAGCCCGGUCAGUUCCCUGGGGGCUAUGGGCAGGGCUUCAGCGUUCAGUCAGAGAGUGCUGUGGUGCAGCCGGACGUCCCACAGGAGACAUUACAGUCAGUUGGUGGCUUCCAGCCACAAGAACAGGUCAUGCCCUCAGCCGGAGGUCAUGAAGAGUCCGCUCCAGGCGCAGGGUUUGGACAGUCGGGACAGUCCUUUUAUAAUAGCAGGGGUGUGCCCAGGGGGGGGCCCAGGAAUGGCCGUGGUAUGAUCAACGGAUACCGAGGAUCUUCCAAUGGAUUUAGAGGGGGAUAUGAAGGAUACCGUGCUCCUUUCUCAAAUGCUCCCACCACCGGUUACAGUCAAACCCAAUUUAACGCGCCUCGGGACUAUUCCAAUAACACCUACCAACGGGAGGGAUAUCAGCAAAACUACAAGCGGGGAGCAGCCCAAGGACCCCGAGGCUUGUCUAGAGGAAAUGCUACAGCAUUGAGAUCCUAAAGGAUCCUGAGGACCGUCAAGUCGCGCCACGUUUAACAUUCAGGAUUUUGAAUGUGUUCGCCCCAGUUCACUUUUAUAACAAUGUUUUGUUUCUCAUUGGUAAUCUUAUUUUUUUAACUCUUGGCCUACUUAUCAGUCAGCCUGCUUAGGUCAGUCUAGAUCCUCUCCAUGUUCUAACACAAAAUGCUGAACUUCACCACAUGUAGGAUUAUCAGCGAGUCUGUGAUAUAAAACAACAAAUAGAUAUUCCUGUAAACUUGAAAGAUUUCAUUAAUUUAUUUUUUGUACAAAAUAAAUGCAAAAAAUACCCUGCCACUGUCGAUCUGAUUCCAUGACAAUGAUUUUCUUUGCCCUGUGCUGUCAGCCACUUUUCCUCCUCGAUCUCAUAAAUCUCAUUAAGCUUUUUUUUUUUACCCCCGUCACCUCUUUGUACGCUGAUUUGGUUGAGACUGUUUCAAUAAAGUUGUGUUAUAUUACCUUCUGUGGAAGUGAACUGCUUUGCUGUUAUAAAUUAGUUUAUUUUUAUUCUGUCUGAUGUGGUGUUUUCAGUUCACUUGUGCUGGUAAUAAAGGUGUUUUUGGCAAGACCAUCGCUAACUCCAGUACCACUAGACAGUCUUCUACCAUGUGUAUAUCUGAUGCAGAUUUCAUUACUUUUUAAUUUCAUAAAUCUUAGAACAAUUUAACUAAGUGAAUAAUUACUAUGCCUGUUCACUUAAUUAUUCAGCUUUUACUGUAUAUAAACGAUCAAAUGCCGUUUAAGAUGGAUAGAAUAGAUAGGUAUUUACACGGAUAAGCACACUUUGCUUCCAACAUAUUGAAGCUAUUCAUUUUAACAGUGACAUUGCCUUACAUCUUAAAUAGUGUAUGUGUAGAUUAGCCAUACUGAACUGUUUAAAGUUGUACUGCUGGAGUUUCAUGAAGUGAUUAAUCUGUUCACAAACUGAAAGGUCAUAGUUUAUUAUCUAGAUUUGAGAUGUAAAGUAUUAAACAAAAACAGUCUGUCCAUUUUUGCAAAAAAUGAUGCAGUAAUGUCUCAAAGGAAGGCUUGGCACACAGAAAACAAAUGACACCGCACAAAGAGUCAAAGUUGUAUCCCAUAUCUAGAUUGUGGAUGAAGUAGCACCGGACCUAUUUUCUCACUGGAUACAAAUAAAGUGGCAAUAAGUCAACACUUGUUGCCAUGGCCAUUCUUCCAGCAAAAAGAAACCACAACACUACAUGUACAAAGCAACCUUGAUAACGCACCAACUACAAGUACAAACUUAUUUGUGAGAGAAAUAUGACAUGCCAAGUUUGUGAAACACAAAGUAAUAAACAUGUAGUGCCAAACACUAUGUUGUGAGCUAAAAACAAAUUCAGAAGUUUCCAUGAUACCAUUUUAACCGAAAUUACUAGACCAAAAAACAGUGGUAAGAUCAGACUGUGAUAACCGACUCAGAACCGCUUUGUCUUUUUUUAUAUUUAAAUCUACAGGAAACAUUUAAACGAAUCCAGCAGUUGGUUGAAGAAAAUGUGGAUCCUAAAAAUUGUGAUAAUACACAUUAGAGUAAAAGUAUACAACUUUAGCAGCCACAGGGCUUUAUUAAAACAAAUGAUAAAUGUAAUAUUUGUUGAAUGUGAGAUGUUCCUUGCCUAUGCUUAUUAAAAAACAAACUUCUGAUUUCGACACCAAAGUCAGUUGAGUAAACAGCUAACCA